AUGCACUUCUCAGUCAACAACCAUGCUCCAGUAACGGCCUUGCUUGCGGGCAAGGUCGUCGCAAUCACAGGAGCAACCUCUGGCAUCGGUCGCGGCAUCGCGCUUGAAAUGGCGCGCCACGGCGCAAAGAUCGCAGUCAACUACUACGACAAGGAUCCCUUACAAGUGCAAAACCUCGAGACUCUCCGGGCAGAAAUUGAAGAGAUAAAGAGUGGAGAUAGCAAGUCGUUCACUGCUGUUCCUGGUGAUAUCUCAAUUCCUGAGACGGGACGCGCGCUGGUUCGCGAAUGUGUUGCGUUCUUUGGCCGGCUUGAUGUGUUUGUGUCGAACGCUGGGAUCUGCCCGUUUUACGAUUUUCUAGAGAUUCCCGAAGAAGUCGUCUAUCGGACUUUGAAUACGAAUUUUACCGGUGCAUAUUUCGCGAUCCAAGCAGCAGCAAGACAGAUGAAAGAGCAAGGCGACGGUGGAAGCAUCAUUGGCAUUUCAAGUAUAUCCGCGCUAGUCGGCGGGGGCGAACAGACGCACUACACACCCACCAAAGCAGGAAUCUUGAGUCUUAUGCAGUCGUGUGCUGUUGCGCUUGGAAAGUAUGGAAUCAGGUGUAACGCGCUUCUGCCGGGGACGAUUAAGACCGCGAUCAAUGAAGACGAUCUGAAGGGAGAAAAGGGCGAUAAAAUGGCUGCAGGUGUGCCGCUUGGACGAUUGGGAGUGCCUGAGGAUCUUGCGGGACCGGCAGUGUUUUUGGCAAGUGAUCUCUCACGAUAUGUGACUGGUGCGCAACUUUUGGUCGACGGCGGACUAUACGUCAACUUGCAGUAA